UGACCUUCGUGAGAACACCAUCAUGACUAUCAAACACCAGUUCUUCGCCCAUCUCAGUUCCUUGAGGACUCUCCACUUGAGCAAGAACGUUAUAACUACGGUGGAGUCCGGAUCCUUCGCUCAGUUGUCGAAUCUGAGCAUUCUAGACCUUCACAACAAUGUGUUCAAACGCGUGGAUAACGGAACCUUCCACAAUCUGCGCCACAUAAACUACGUCUACUUUGACAAGUUCUACAUGUGCGUGUACGUUCCCCAAGCUCAGGUGUGUGAGCCACAAGGUGAUGGCAUCAGCAGCAAGUAUCACCUUCUGGAGAACAUUAUACUGCGGUGAGGAGAUCUCAACUGCUGCUAGCAGUGAUUUCUGUUACCCGAAAAUUUGUGUGUGCGUGUGUGUGUGUGUGUUUGUGUGUGUGUGUGUGUG